AUGGUUUUGGUGGGGAAAUCGUUAAGUCCUUCCCGCAACAAUCCAACUAUAACUGGGGACUACAUAUUUAUCAAUGACUUGAUAGCUCCUGUCUCAGAAAUUACGACUGAAACGACAACCACUACAACAUCUAUUGGUACAACAACAAGGAACCAACAAACAACAGAAUCUCUUGAUACUAGUUCAAUAACAGCUGCCAUUACAACAACUUCACAACUCCCAACAAUCACAACAUCUUCAGAAACCGGAACAACAGUAACACCAACAGAAACAGCAACAAAUGAACAGCUUCAAACAGAAUCUUCAGGCACAAGUGCACCGCCACCACUACUUACAAUAACAACAGAAACAACAUCAACAGAACAGUUUCUAACAACAUCUUCAGGCACAAGUACACCACCAACAACAACAACUACUACAACAGAAACAGUAUCAACUGAUCGACUUCCAACCAUAUCUCCAGGCACGAGUAUACCACCAACACUACUGACAACAACAAUAAAAGAAAUAACAUCAACUGAACAUCUUCCAACAACAUCUUCUACAUCACGUACACCGUCACAACCAAUAUCGAUCGAACAGUAUUCUACAAGCCCAGUUACAGUUAAUGAAGUAUCGUCAGACCAAACCAAAAUGGACUUAGAUUGUUUAUGUAGUUGUGAAGACUUACAUGAAAUGUCGCAACAAGAGUUUCUAGAAAUGCUGGAGUCAUUACAGAUAGACAAGUCAAAACUGUCUGCGACCCGGAGAAAGCUAACAUCUGCGCCAGAUAAUCGUGUAGAAAGUAAAAGCAUGGGAGUUUUUGGGAUCGUCGUGAUAAGCAUAGUUGUUGGGCUCUUUAUACUGGCAGAUCUCUCUAGCCUGCUGCAAGCUGGUAGUUUGAGCGGAGGAAAGUUGUUUAAACAAUCAUAGAAAAGGAAGCAUUGACAAUCAUUUAUUACAAAAGUGACUCAGUCUCUUUUUUAAUAACCGUGUUGUUUGUUUCUAGUUUUUGCUUUGAUUUUCAUAGAAUUAAUUACCCAGACACCUUCAACCCAUAUAUGUAGCAAUGAUCCAAGUUACAGAACAUUUAUUGGCGCUACAGUGAGAUAAAUCCUUGGUGUAUGAGGCGAUGUAUAAGUCCAUUAAAUACAUUUGUAUAAUAAAAUUCUGAUGAAACCGGUGCCGAAGAAACUCACUAAGAUUCGUUAGAUGUGUUGAUUCAAAUCGAGUCUGCCAAUGAUUUGCAUAGACUUUGUUAUCCAACAGAUGGUCAAAUCUAAAGUUAACAACCCAAUAGCUCUUCGGACCCUUCUGAUGACAAAAUACAAAUAACCAGCUGUGAAGAACAAUGUAAAAGGAAGUAAAACAGGCCAUAUAACAAGCAAGCAUAUUGUGACAUAGUAAUAAAUGUGUCUUUUGAUGUUACGUUCCAAAUGAAGUCUUGAAUGAUGCCUGUGAUGAGAUAUAACAAAUGAGAACCUCAUUAAAAUUAUCUGAAUCAUUACCACCUAUACGACAAUAUAUAGACACAUUACACCAAGAAGUAAAAAGUUCAAAAUGUGCGUCCUGUAUGUCUGCAUUGUUAAUAAGAUCGUUUUAAAGACGUUGGACUCAAAAGCAAAUAGACCAAUGAACCUAAACCAGCUGUGAAAAAAGACGGCAGUAAAUCAGUCUCUGCUAGAAGGAAAGAUCUCUCCUCCUCAGGCAACAAUUGGUGAGAAGAUACACAGAAUUUAGAGUCUGCUGAAGAUAGUAAUAGAGACUAGUGUGAACUGAUAGAUUCUGAUAUUGAUUAAAAUAAAUCUAGGUACACUGACAUGACGUAAAUGAUUCCAUAAUCAGGGUACAAGAAAUAUAGAUCCAUGUCUGUCUGAAACGGGCUUCAAGUCCCAACAGGAAACCCUAGUAAUCGCAGUAUGAUACAGGUCAGAAAACUGCAACCGUUGAUGUUUGCUUAUUCAUCUGAUUUUGGCAUGUACCCAUAAGCUACCCAAGAAACAGUUCUGCCAAGCAUAUCUGAUUAUUUUAUCCUAAUCAUUGCCGCAUUCAUCAAAGAAUGCUCUAUAAACGAACUUAUUAACAUGGAGUUAAGUACAUCACAGAGGACUGGUUAAAUCAAAAAAGAGACAGUUAGAGAAAUGUUGGUACAAUUCGCAUCCAAAGUUGCCAAAAACUUAGUUUAUAAAAUCUAGACAAGUGUUCAAAGAUAAAACAAUGAAUUAAUAUACAUGUAUAUCUAAAUGAGGACCUCACCAUGCAUUGACGGAAUAUAGCCUUUAAGGUGGCAAAAAAGGUGCGAAGCGAUUCAGAGGUCUUGUAGUGGACGCAUAUGCAUCAAAACUAUCAAAUAUGAAACUUGCUUUUUCCAUUACUGCCCAUGAACAGACUCAAUCAAACCGAGUCUGCAAUUUUCACUAUUUGCCUUGUUCUCGGUGCUUUCGAGUUUCUACUUUCCAGAUUUUAUUAAAAUUAGCAACGAAAAAGAACUUGAACAUUAAAUGUUAAAUCAGGAAUGAAAAAGGCUGUAACUCAAUGUAGCCAGCUAUAG